AUGAGUGUUGAACAGCACCAACAGCAUAUUAUUCAACAGCAGCAGCAGCAGCAGCAGCAGCAGCAGCAGCAACAACAACAUCAGCAGGCACUACCUUCUGCUACUACAUCUGCAUCCACAAUCACGUCUUCGUCGUCUCAAAGACAAGUCUCGUUUAAUGUCUCUGACCACUACCAGAUUCUAGAGAUUGUUGGCGAAGGUGCUUAUGGUAUUGUAUGCUCAGCGAUCCAUAAACCAUCGCAACAAAAGGUAGCUAUUAAAAAGAUCGAGCCAUUUGAAAGAUCGAUGUUAUGUUUGCGUACCUUGCGAGAAUUAAAGCUUCUUAAACAUUUUAAUCAUGAGAAUAUUAUUAGUAUACUUGCAAUACAGCGUCCUUUUGAUUACCAACUGUUUAACGAGAUUUACUUAAUUCAAGAAUUAAUGGAGACCGAUUUGCAUCGAGUUAUUCGAACCCAGACUUUGACUGAUGACCAUAUACAAUAUUUCACAUAUCAAACAUUGAGAGCCUUGAAAACUAUGCAUCUGGCAAAUGUGUUACAUAGAGAUUUGAAGCCACUGAACUUACUAUUGAACUCAAACUGUGAUUUAAAAGUUUGUGACUUUGGGUUGGCUAGAAGUAUUGCUUCCCUGGAGGACAAUUUCGGGUUCAUGACUGAAUAUGUGGCAACUAGAUGGUACAGAGCUCCUGAGAUUAUGUUGACUUUUCAGGAAUAUACUACCGCCAUCGACGUGUGGUCAGUAGGGUGUAUCUUGGCCGAGAUGUUGAUUGGGAGACCGUUGUUCCCAGGUAGAGACUACCAUAAUCAAUUAUGGUUAAUAAUGGAAAUAUUGGGUACUCCAAAUAUGGAGGAUUAUUACAACAUUAAACUGAAAAGAGCAAGAGAAUAUAUUAGGAGCUUGCCGUUUUGUAAAAAAAUUCCAUUUACUGAGUUGUUUCAAUCGAGGAAUAAAGAAGUUAAUCCUUUGGCAAUUGAUUUGUUGGAGAAACUAUUGAUUUUCAAUCCUGCAAAGAGAAUCACUGUUGAAGAUGCAUUGAAACAUCCUUAUCUCAAAUUAUACCAUGAUCUUAAUGAUGAACCUGUGAGUGAAAAAAUCCCCGAAGGGUUUUUCUCAUUUGAUAAGAGGAAAGAUGAGUUAAGUAUUAGUGAGUUGAAAAAGAUGCUUUAUGAUGAAAUUAUGAAACCAUUGUGA